GUUUGUUUGUUUCUUUCUCUGUCACUCUCUUCUCUUUACUUCCAAGGUCACUCCUGUGGCCUAUGUUUCCAAAGGAAACCCUUUUUCCCCCCUUCUUCUCUUUCUCCUUUCUUAAACCCUCUCUUCCAAAUUCCAACUCAUAAUUCAUUUCCCUUCUAUUUUUAAUUCCCAUUUCUUCCAUUUACUUUUACAAUCUUCAAAGCUAGUUUGGUUACUUCAACUCUCUACAUAAUCAAUACCAAGCCAAAGCUCACCAAUUCAUCUAUUAAUUUCCACCAAAUACUCAUUUUUGAUACACCAAUUUGAAGUUCACCAAAAUAAGUCAAGAUUACCAAAUAGCCCUUUUGAAAAACACAAACCUAAGACUAAGAAACUUUGUCAGUGACAAAACAAACCAUGAUGAUUCCUUCUCAUAGUCUCAUUUUCUCUCUCAUUUUUGUUUCCAUUUUAGCCAAUGAAGCAACCUUGUUACAUGAAGCAAAUGGGUCAUUUCCAAUGGUACCUGUGAUGGAAGCUGGGAAGAUGGAGAUGAUGAUGGUGAUGAAUGAUAGCAGAAGGAAACUUGGAGUGUUCAGAAUAUGUGCUCUAUGUACUUGCUGCGGUGGAGCAAAAGGGGUUUGUAUACCCUCUCCUUGUUGCUAUGCAAUCAAUUGCAACCUUCCCAAUAAGCCUUUUGGUUUCUGUUCAUUUGCACCUAAGUACUGUAAUUGCUUUGGGUGCCAUCUUUAAUUUCUCUCUUAGUUUGCUUCAUUCCCCUAUUAUUAUAAUUUUAUCAUUAUUAUAAGCUAUUAUAAUAACAUUAAUCUAAAUUGAGGAUUGAUUAUCUUUAAUUAAUUAUGUUGCAAGUGUGAAUGAGAAGUUAAGAUUAAGAAUAUCUGUUCUUGAUUUGUAUGUUUGUUUAAUUAUUAAUUUAUUAUUGUCAUCAUGAUUAUUA